CGGGCACCUGUGGAGGGCGGACCCGCCGGGGAUCGAGGCCUGCCCCUCCGAGAGCUCCUGGCGCGGCCGUCCCGGCCCGGGGCCCCAGGUGCGCUUCGCCUAGAGAGGGAUUUUCCGGUCUCGUGGACAGAGGAACAACCAGGAACUCGGGCUCAGUCUCCACCCCAAAGUGGGGCGGAUCCGUCCCGGAUAAGACCCGCUGUCUGGCCCUGAGCAGGGUGUGACCUCCGCAGCCGCAGAGGAGCGCAGCCCGGCCUCGCCAUAGCUCCAGACAUCGUGUCCUGACAUCAUCCAGGGCCAGGAGAAAGGGGGAAUUUGGCUGGCUGACUCUGUCUUUUUCGCCUGGAGGAACUCCAAAGCAUCUUAGCAGAAGAACUUCUGCUUGAGUGGCUGAACUCUGAUCUUGACCUAGAGUCAUGGCUAUGGCAACCAAAGGAGGUACUGUCAAAGCUGCUUCAGGAUUCAAUGCCAUGGAAGAUGCCCAGACCCUGAGGAAGGCCAUGAAAGGGCUCGGCACCGAUGAAGACGCCAUUAUUAGCGUCCUUGCCUACCGCAACACUGCCCAGCGUCAGGAGAUCAGGACGGCCUACAAGAGCUCCAUCGGCAGGGACUUGAUAGACGACCUGAAGUCAGAACUGAGUGGCAACUUCGAGCAGGUGAUUGUGGGGAUGAUGACGCCCACAGUGCUGUAUGACGUGCAAGAGCUGCGAAGGGCCAUGAAGGGAGCCGGCACUGAUGAGGGCUGCCUAAUUGAGAUCCUGGCCUCCCGGACCCCUGAGGAGAUCCGGCGCAUAAGCCAAACCUACCAGCAGCAAUAUGGACGGAGCCUUGAAGAUGACAUUCGCUCUGACACAUCGUUCAUGUUCCAGCGAGUGCUGGUGUCUCUGUCAGCUGGUGGGAGGGAUGAAGGAAAUUAUCUGGACGAUGCUCUCAUGAGACAGGAUGCCCAGGACCUGUAUGAGGCUGGAGAGAAGAAAUGGGGGACAGAUGAGGUGAAAUUUCUAACUGUUCUCUGUUCCCGGAACCGAAAUCACCUAUUGCAUGUGUUUGAUGAAUACAAAAGGAUAUCACAGAAGGAUAUUGAACAGAGUAUUAAAUCUGAAACAUCUGGUAGCUUUGAAGAUGCUCUGCUGGCUAUAGUAAAGUGCAUGAGGAACAAAUCUGCAUAUUUUGCUGAAAAGCUCUAUAAAUCGAUGAAGGGCUUGGGCACCGAUGAUAACACCCUCAUCAGAGUGAUGGUUUCUCGAGCAGAAAUUGACAUGUUGGAUAUCCGGGCACACUUCAAGAGACUCUAUGGAAAGUCUCUGUACUCGUUCAUCAAGGGUGACACAUCCGGAGACUACAGGAAAGUACUGCUUGUUCUCUGUGGAGGAGAUGAUUAAAAUAAAAAUCCCAGAAGGACAGGAGGAUUCUCAACACUUUGAAUUUUUUUAACUUCAUUUUUCUACACUGCUAUUAUCAUUAUCUCAGAAUGCUUAUUUCCAAUUAAAACGCCUACAGCUGCCUCCUAGGAUAUAGACUGUCUGUAUUAUUAUUCACCUAUAAUUAGUCAUUAUGAUGCUCCAAAGCUGUACUUGCAUUUCAAAGCUUAUAAGACAUAAAUAGAGAUUUAAAAAUAGAAAUAAAAAUGUAUUCCAUGUUUUUAAAAGA